GAGAAAAACGACCUUAGAAAACGGCUACAAGCUCGAUAUGAAACGCGGUAGGUUUUAUACUGUUCAAUAAUAAUUUUAAUAAUCACGAUUUCCUUCUUUACAGCGCGGCUGAUUUCGCCAAAACUCCGAUCCAGGUACAAAGGGAAGCUGGAGGAGUUCUUACGGCGUUCGUGCAGUGCUUCAUUUGCGACCAGAAAAGCUACAAAACCAAACGCAUCGGUAAUGAGUCUUGGCAGCUGUCUAAUUUAACCAAACACUUCGAUCUACAUUUUGGUAAAUCGGGCCAACCUCGAAAAAAGCGGGUAAAAAUCGACCGAGCACAGCCUCACUCCUUCACUUCCUCGUACGAGGACCCCCUGGAAGAUUCUGGCACAAGCUUGGACGGCAUACAGGACCAGGAACCCGUAGAACCACAACACCACGCCACCAGAGUGAUAAUCAAUUCCAUUGAGACCUUGGAAGAUCUUCGCGCGGCCCCGAUGUUAAUUGAUUCCGAUGAGACCGUGCAGGAAGACCAGCGUACCACCUGGAUGUCGAUCAAUUCCGUGGGAGAUUACAGUGCGGCCUGGCUGUGCGAUUCCGUGGAAAAUCGAAGCACGGGCCGGUUGCGCGAUUCCGUGGAGCGCGCGGAAUUGCAGCCACAAUUUCUCGAUGAUUACGAACAAGACGGUGACGACGAAGGAAGCAAGGUUGGUAGCACUCGCGAUGAUGGGGAGACUUACGGCGAUGGACGGGUGCACCAUUCCGUGGCGUUGGCCGCGAGAACAAACGCUGGCCGGUUGCGCGAUUCCGUGGCGCUGGCUGCGAUACCGAACGCUGUCCAGAUGCGCGAUUCCGUGGCGCUGGCUGCGAUACCGAACGCUGGCCGGAUGCGCGAUUCCGUGGAGCACGCGGAAGAGCAGCAACGAUUUCUCGAUGAUUACGAACAAGGCGAUGACGACGAAGGAAGCAAGGUUGGUAGCACUCGCAAUGACCGGGAAGAUUACGGCGAUGGACGGGUGCACCAUUCCGUGGCGUUGGCCGCGAGAACAAACGCUGGCCGGUUGCGCGAUUCCGUGGCGCUGGCUGCGAUACCGAACGCUGUCCAGAUGCGCGAUUCCGUGGCGCUGACCACGAUACCGAACGCUGGCCGGAAGCGCGAUUCCGUGGAGCCGGCAGAAGUGCAGCAACAAUUUCUCGAUGAUUACGAACAAGGCGAUGACGACGAAGGAAGCAAGGAUGGUUGCACUCGCGAUGAUGGGGAGACUUACGGCGAUGGACGGGUGCACAAUUCCGUGGCGUUGGCCGCGAGAACAAACGCUGGCCGGUUGCGCGAUUCCGUGGCGCUGGCUGCGAUACCGAAUGCUGUUCAGAUGCGCGAUUCCGUGGCGUUGGCCGCGAUACCGAACGCUGGCCGGAAGCGCGAUUCCGUGGAGCCGGCGGAAGUGCAGCAACAAUUUCUCGAUGAUUACGAACAAGGCGAUGACGACGAAGGAAGCAAGGAUGGUUGCACUCGCAAUUAUGGGAAAAAUUACAGCGAUGGAGGGGUGCACAAUUCCGUGGCGCUGUCCGCGAGAACGAACGCUGGCCGGAUGCGCGAUUCCGUGGCGCUGGCCGCGAUACCGAACGGUAGCCAGUUGCGCGAUUCCAUGGAGCCGUUGGAAGAGCAGCAACGAUUUCUCGAUAAUUCCGAUCAAGACGGCGACGAAGAAAGCGAGGUUGAUAGCAAUUGCGAUGCCGUUGAGCACCUUUGCAAGGUUUGGGAAGUACACCAAGAUGAUACCGGUGCUGGAACAUCGGCGACCUCCAACGAAUAUGAUCACCUGAACGCAUCGCAAGAAGAGCCGGCCGGAGCAAACGACGAGCUUUCUGAACGCGUUUUCGAACUUUUGCAAGAUGCGCCGAUACUCAAAGUAAUGGUAAAAAUGCACUUGCGCAACAAGGAUGUUAAACGAAACGGAAGACGGUUUACGGAACUCGAGAAAGACAUUUGCGCAUACCAGUUUUUGAACUCCGGCAAAGGACAUUACACCUUUUGGGGGCGUAAUAUGAUCAACAUUUCGCCAAAAACCCUUAAAAGCCAUAUCAAGGCCAACACUCUGGACAUCUCCGAAGGCAUCAUCAACGUAGCUGGUCUUAAAGAAUAUCUUAUUAAGAACAACUUUCCAUUGGCCGUAUUGUUAUGUGAAGAUGGGACCCGGAUAACACCAGCUGUACAGUAUGAACAUCGAACAGACAGUCUCAGAGGACUUGUUGCACCACUCGACGAAUGUACCGGUUUGCCGCUUCAGAAUAUUUUUAUUGCAAGUUCGCCUGCUAAAAUGGCUAAUGACAUUGAUACCCACCGAGUCGCAAACUAUGCUUACGUCCAAUUGGCCGUCCCCCUGUGUAGAGAAGCUGCCCCGUUUGUACUCUUUCAUAUGUGCACAGAUAACAGGUUCACCACCGAAGACGUCCUGAACAGAUGGAGACUACAAGAAGAUCUAUUGUCCCAAGAGAACAUUCGAGUAAUUGGUAAUGCUGCUGAUGGAGACGGUCGCGUGUUAAAAGCUCAAAAAUUACGAGCCAGAUUUAACCGAGAAGGAUCUCCAUACUGGGGAAAAUGGUACAUUGUGAUUGAUGAUUUGGAACAAACGAACAUUGACUUUCAAGAUAAAACGCAUAUCCUUAACAAACUGAAGAAUCGCUUGGCCCACAAUGGAAAACAGCUGGAUUUGAAAAUCGGUGAUUUUGAUAUUACAACUGAACACCUCAAGGCACUCGUAAAAACACUCGGCAAAGACAAACUGACCCUGACCAUGUCGGACAUUGAGACUAAAGAUCGUAUGAAAUUCGGUCCUACUUUGAAAUUUAUCAGCAACGAGACAAUUCAAGGCUUGGAAGACUGUAUUCCCGGAAGUGAAGGCACUGUUUUUUACCUCAAAAUGAUGAGACGACUGUAUCGAUCAUUUAUGCACGAGGAUCUUACCCCACUGGAACGUGUGUCCGAGAUUUGGGAGGCCAUUUUCAUACUUCGUGGCUGGAAGAAUUGGUGCACUCAAGAAAAUCAGAAGGCAAAGAAGAGCAAGAAGAAAGGCGCAGCAAUGAAACGAUUCAUUACAUCCAACGCACAUGUGGGCAUUGAGCUCAAUGCUCAUUCACUGAUCGCUUUCAUCGAAUAUUGCAAGAAACAUGACGUCCCAAUUCAGUUUAUUGUCAGAUUGCUGUCCAGCCAACACUGCGAAGGAUUAUUUAGAUCUCUAAGAUCAGAAUCGACUACCAAUCAAACAGUGGUCAAUUUCACUGCGAAGGAGCUAACGAGUAAAUUGAAAUCUACUCAGUUCAAACUUGAUGUCAUGUAUCGGCACAAGGAAAACUUUGAUUUCCCGGCUAUGGACAAGAUGAACAAAAGGAAAAUUGUGGAAUCACUCCCGACGUUUGAGCAAAUACAAUCGGCUAUAACAGAUGCUCAGGCAGUCGCUCGUGAAGAGCUAGCCAAGGUGGGGAUUCCCAACGCAAACCUGGAGCCGACUAUAUUCAGAACGAAUGGAGUUCCUGAUACGACCUCAACAGAGCAAACUCCUGAAUACGACCUUCUUGAAGCUGACGACGAAGAUGACGAUGACGACGGAGAAGACUUCGACAAAGAAGACGCUGGUGAGAAUGAAUCGGCAGAAGCGAAAAACCCAGCUGAUGAGGAAGGUUCACUUAGAGAAACAGCAGCAGACAGCGAGCAAUCAGAAGUGGACAUUGGCGAGAUGUACGAUGAUUUUUUGCCACCUGAAUUCGUAGCGGUUGAUGAUGAAUUCAAUUCAGAGUUUGAUGGAACAAUUCAUUCAGAAAUUUCGGACGAAGUGUACGAAUUGGACGAGUUGUUUCCAGAUUGCAACGGAACCCUUAACCUGAAAAGCAGCACUUCCGGUUCGCGACACACGUUCAACAUCAGGGACAGGAGCGGAAAAGUGAAAAUUAUUAAAAAACAAACACUGGUUUGGAUGAUGACCGAUGGCCGCUAUCAUCUUUCUACCGAUCGGCUCCGACGAUUUCAACAGAAGGAAAAACGUUAAAGUUUUAAGUCUAAACAUUAUUUGAUUGAAAUAAAUGAUAUUAACACGA